AUGGCAGCGAAAAUCUCUCAGCUUGCUUGUUUCUCCUCCGCCAAUCGCCAAUUUCACUUCCAGAACCGAUCGUUUCCAUGCCUUAGGUUUCGUCCCGAGUCUUUUGUAGUUAGAAGCGUUGAUGGGAAAAGCGCAGAAACACCAGCUUCUCUAAGCUAUACAGCUGAGGUUUCCAAACCUUUUGUUGAGAAAGCGUCGAAACCGUAUUCCACUGUGGAUGAAACUGCUACAGAUAAAGAAAUUAUCACAGAACCAGUAGAGGAAAAUGUUCCCACACAACCAAUAAGAGCAGCAAAGAUCCAUGACUUCUGUUUUGGCAUUCCCUAUGGUGGUCUCGUUUUGAGUGCUGGGCUUCUUGGAUUUGCGUUUUCACGAAAUCUUACAAGUUUAAGUACUGGUGCUCUUUACGGUAGUGGCCUUCUAGUCCUUAGUACAUUGAGCUUAAAGAUUUGGCGGCAGGGAAAAUCUAGUUUUCCUUAUAUACUUGGACAAGCAGUGCUUUCAGCUGUCGUCUUCUGGAAGAACUUCACAGCUUAUUCUAUGACUAAGAAGCUGUUUCCUUCCGGGCUUUUUGCCGUCGUCAGUGCUGCCAUGUUGUGUUUCUAUUCCUAUGUGGUGCUCUCUGGAGGAAACCCACCUCCAAAGAAAUUGAAACCAUCUGCUAGUUCUUCAUACUGA